CUGGAGAAUUUUGAAAGCCGUGAAGCAAGCAUUGAUGAUCUUCCAGUAUGUCAAUAUUUUCUCCAGCGCUUCCAUAAGCUCGGACUACUUCACGGGGAUGUUAACUGGCACACCUUCAUUAUUCAAGACAGAAUGGCCAGGUUAAUUGCUUUUUGA